CGCAGCAGCGGGUGCAGGCGGCGAAGGUGGUGGUGGGAGCAGCAGCAGCUCCGGAGACAGGCACCAUGCGUGAGAUCGUGCAUAUUCAGGCCGGGCAGUGCGGCAACCAGAUCGGCGCCAAGUUCUGGGAGGUCAUCAGUGAUGAGCAUGGCAUUGAUCCCACGGGCAGCUAUCAUGGGGACAGUGAACUGCAGCUGGAGAGGAUCAAUGUCUACUACAAUGAAGCUGCUGGUAACAAGUAUGUCCCACGUGCCAUC